GACGUUGGUUGAACAACGAAACGUAUAAAUAUGAACCACACACUACAGGUGACUACAGUUAUUCUUCUAGCAACCGUAGUUGUAGUAACUAGUUGACUAUAUAAAAUCGGAUCGCCAUGCAUUCAUUGGGUUAUUUCAUGCUUGUUGGAGCAGCCGUUUUGUUGGCUGCCGAUUGUUAUCCGCUCGGACGCAGCGCUUCCGGCAGUGCCGCCGGAAAGAACGAUCGACGCGAUUCACGGGCGUCGCUCGUAGACGAUGAAAGUGCGGAGUUGGCCGCAAAGCAAAGCUCAGCUGAAGAUGAUGUUGUUAUUCAGGACGUCGGAAAGAAAGUUUCAAUUCGACGGAACGCUCAGUCGCAGACAGAUAGCAGCACUUUGUUGCCUUCGCAGAAGAAUUUCGACGAUUAUUCAUCGGAAGAUUACGUCCCUUUCGUCGAUUUAGACGCCAUUCAACCAGCCAUAAGUGAUUUCCAUCAUCGGCCAGUUACUGGAAUGUUUAAACCAGCGAAAUCGAACGACUGGUUCCACGUCAAGCAGCACAUGCACGAUUACUACUUUCGUGAAAUGGGUCGUGAAAUGGGCAAAGAACAUUCGUGGCAACCGGUGAAAGACGGCACGGAUGGCUUGAAUUUCGAGUUUCCUAGAUUUUGAAGACUUGAAGAACGAACGAUUAAACACUGGAAGCUUCAACUUGUAUGUAUAUAAAACUUAAUUUCAAGAUGCGGUCUGCGAACUAUCCCCCCCCCCCAUUACACUAGUGUGUUCAUUUCUGUACAAAUAUAGUUGACUUUUGAACACGUUUUGUUUAAAAAUAUUUAUCUGAUAAAGGCUGCAUUAAAUACAGAAAAGUUUACAAUCUA